AUGGUGCAGGCAGUACCGUCGGCAGCGAGCAUCGGAUCUGACCUCACGUUUCUCUUCCAGAAUGAUCUGAACUGGACAACUGCGCCCGACCACAACGGCACGAUCCUUCUCAGCACGCCGCUCACGAACGCGAACGCGCUCGCGGCAUGCACGCAGCUCAACGAGCCUCUGCUGCAGACCAAUGGCACGUACUUCGCGAGCGACAUGUCUUACCUCCUCUCGUACCUCGCGUACCUCGGCGACUCCUCGGCGACACAGCAGUACUGGGUCGCUACGAACGCAAGUAUAACCGCUGGAGAGUGCGCUGUGAUAUCGCAGAAUGCGGGUGUGCAGAGCGCGAGCUGCGAUGAGACGCUCCCCGCGUUCUGUGCCCAGAGCGCGCCGUACGAGCCCAACACGGAGACGGACAUGAGUUCGGCGUAUUACGUCGAGACCACGUCGGGUGAUUAUACGUUCACCGGGACCCGCGACCACCUCUCCUUCCGCUUCAUCGGCAUCCCUUAUGCCGAUCCCUUUGAGCGCUGGACUUACUCCUCCGUCUACGGCACCACUGGCGCUUCCGUGAGCACGAACAUUACGGCGCUCGAGUACGGUUCGCCCUGCACGCAGAUUGGGUACGGCUCCGAAGACUGUCUGUACCUCAACAUCCAGACACCGUACCUGCCUGAAGACACUGCAUCGCCUGAUGCAACUAAGCUGCGUCCGGUGCUGUUCUGGAUCCACGGUGGCGCGUAUACGAGCGGCGAGGGCAGCGAUGGCAUUUUUGAUGGCGGGAACAGGGCGAGCAGGAGCGAUGUUGUUACUGUCACCAUCAACUAUCGAUUGAGCACGCUAGGUUUCCUCGCUCUUGAAGACGGCGUCGCAAACGGGAACUACGGCCUCGCAGACCAGAUCACCGCCCUCCGCUGGGUGCAGUCUCACAUCGCCGCGUUCGGCGGUGACGCUUCCCGGGUCACUAUACAUGGGCAAUCCGCAGGCGCAGGCAGCGUGCGUGCCCUCCUCGCAUCCCCCGUCGCGCGGGGAGAAAACCUAUUCGCAGGUGCAAUCGCGCAGAGCAACCUCGCUGGGUUCGGGUACGCGGACACGUACUCGAACUAUUACACUAUUCCGCAGGAGUACAACGUCUCGAUUCCGGGCCUGCUUGAGUAUGUUGGGUGUGCGAACUACGUGGAUGCGAGUGCGGCGGAGCAGCUCGAGUGCUUGCAGGGCGCGAAUGCGACUGCGUUGGUCAAUGCGCCUACCGCACCGAGAUAUGUAGUCGUGGAUGGGACGUACAUAACCACGCCACAACUUGAGCUCUCUGGGCCGACAACGUCUACGGCUACCCUCCCCCAUGUCAUCUUUGGAUGGAUGCGCGACGACGGUGCAGAUUUUGCAGGAGCGUGGCCGUACAGCGGAGAGACAUCCGCGGAGAGCAUUAUUGGCAUUGGCCUGACCGAAAACCAAACGACGAUGAUCGUCGACUCGGGCUACUUUGAAGUUCCUACAGGAACAAACUACACCUGGGACAUAUUCAACGCUACGAGUCACGUCGCCACUGACGGCGAGUUCCGGUGCCUGGACCAAGCAACGAUGUACGCCGCCGCCAAGAACGGCGUCUUUGCCUCCGCCCGCGCCUACGAGUUCGACCGCUCCUACAUGGGCUACGAGCCCCUCGCCGACACGUGCUUCCCGCCCGCGACGACCGAGUACCCGUACGGAGACCCGUACGCGCCCUAUUUCCGGUGCCACUCGGGCGACCUCUACUUCACGGCUGGCACACUUGGCCAAUCUGCGCUGCACUUCCGCGACGAUGCCGACUGGACGCUGUCGCAGGUCGCGGUCGACUAUUGGACGUCGUUCGCGCGCACGUUCGAUCCGAACCCGGAUCCGGCGUAUAUGGUUGCGCGGGGUUAUGAGAAUUCUGCCGCAGCGAUGAGUGCUGCGGGCCCGUGGGACGCGGUGUCUGCGACUGGGGAGGGAGGAACUGAUUUAAUGCUGUUGGAUAUUCCUUUGAAGGCGUCGACGUGGCUCGAGACUGAGCAGUGCGAUUACCUCGGGUAUGGGAUUGACUAUUACCUUUGA